AUGCCACUUCCUAAUAUACUUAGUGAAUCCAAUAACAGUGAAUCCAAUAACAGUGAAUUUAAAGCAUUUUGCCCGCAGAGCAUACAUGAUAAAUAUGCUUGGAGAUGUUUUGCUUACUUUGUUCUUAUAAAAUGGUUUGUUACAAUAUUUACUUCUGCAUAUGCAGUAGUUUUGAUGGCAUUCUGGUUCCUUCCUCCUUGUUUACCUCUUAGUG